UGAGUCUCACUCUGUCGCCCAGGCUAGAGUACAGUGGCACGAUCUUGGCUCGCUGCAACCUCUGCCUCUCAGGUUCAAAUGAUUCUCCUGCCUCAGCCUCCCGAGUAGCUGGGAUUACAGGUGCACGCCACCGUGCCCAGCUAAUUUUUGUACUUUUUUUUUUUUUUUAGUAGAGACAGUCUUGACCAGCCAGGCUAGUCUUGAACUCUUGACCUCAGGUGAUCCACCCGCCUCAGCCUCCCAAAGUGCUAGGAUUAUAGGCAUGCGCCACGACACCCGGCCAAAAAGAACUGUUAAUAUUUCUAACUUUGAAAGCCAUCACUAAAUAUUUUGAGUACUCUAAAUUUUUUUUUUUUUACUUCAUAGUAAAUUAGUGAAAGAAUAAAACCUGUCCUUAAUUUAAAGGUAUAUUAGAAUUAACAAGUUUUUUAAAUCUACCCUUCCAGUGAGACUAACAUUAUUUUAUUUAUUUAUUUGUUUUUGGAUGGAGUCUUGCUCUGUUGCCCAGGCUGGAGUGCAAUGGCACGAUCUCGGCUAGCAACCUCCGCCUCCCGGGCGCAAGCGAUUCUCCUGCCUCAGCCUCCCAAGUAGCUGAGAUUACAGGCAUGCACCACCACACCUGCCUAAUUUUUGUAUUUUUAGUAGAGACGGGGUUUCACCAUAUUGCCCAGGCUGGUCUUGAACUCCUGACCUCAGGUGAUCCACCUGCCUUGGCCUCCCAAAGUGCUGGGAUUACAGGCGUGAACCACCACGCCCAGCCGAGACUAACAUUAUUGAAGUGUAUCAUUGCUGUUUAAUCGUAUAUCAUUGCUGUUUAAUCUCAAAUUUGUCCCACCUUGGCCUCCCAAAGUGCUGUGGUUACAGGCUUGUGCCACCAUGCCUGGCCUCCGAUUUGUCUUUUUAAAACAGAAUUGCUUAAGAAAUUGGGCCCUGGAAGCUGUUUUUGAUAUGUAUCUGUGUUUUUAGAAACUGUCUUACCUCAGGAGUGUGUAGUAAGUAUAUUUAUGAAUAAAUAUUUUAACUUUAUCAGAUGAGGGCCAAAGACAAUUCCCUACCUUUCAUAGAUUUCUCAACUCAGUGCCAUAGACUCCUUCAGCCAAAAAAUAAAAUAAAAGGAAAAACAAAUUAGGAUGCAAGAUGUUGACUCUGGACUAAAAGCAGUUCGUUAAGGCACUGUUUCUCAUUGUGGUCAUUUUCUCUUGAGUCUAAAGAUCUCUUCCACAAACACAAAAGUUCAGUGCUUCAAGAUCCGUGCUAUUUUAUUUCUUGGUAAAGUCAUGGGUGGUUCUUGCUUUGUGAAUUUGCUCUUUGAUGUAAAUCAGAUGACUCAAUCUGUAAGUUUUAGAAUAAGCAUACCCUUCAGAUUACUUAUUAGAAAAAUGAGAUGAUGUUUAUGAAAAUACUAUUCAAGGCCGGUCACAGUGGCUCACGCUUGCAAUCUUAGCACUUGAGGUGGUCGGAUUGCUUGAGACCAGCCUGAGCAAUAUACUGAGACCCCAUCUCUACAAAAAAUACAAAAAUUAGCCAAGCAUAGUGGCGCAUACCUGUAGUCCCAGCUACCCGAGUGGCUGAGGUAGGAGGAUUGGUUGAAUCUGGGAGGUUGAGGCUUCAGUGAGCCGUGAUCACUCAGCCUGGGAAAUGGAGCAAGACACUGUCUCGAAAAGAAAAGAAAAUACUAAUCAAGCUUUUAAUUCAUAUAAAUGAAGGAAUCACGAUUGUUUGGUGAUUAAGAUUUUUAGCAAAUCAAAAUUCAAACUUCUCAUGACUUCAGAGUCUCAAAACAGUUAAUCAACUGGCCCAUGCCCUUCACAUGGACAAAGAUUUGAAAGCUGGCUGUCUUGUACGUGUGUUUUGGCCAAAAGCAAAAUGUGCCCUCUUGAGAGAUGACCUGGUGUUAGUAGACAGUCCAGGCACAGAUGUUACUACAGAGCUGGAUAGCUGGAUUGAUAAGUUUUGCCUAGAUGCUGAUGUCUUCGUUUUGGUCGCAAACUCUGAAUCAACACUAAUGAAUACGGAAAAACACUUUUUUCACAAGGUGAAUGAGCGGCUUUCCAAGCCUAAUAUUUUCAUUCUCAAUAAUCGUUGGGAUGCCUCUGCAUCAGAGCCAGAAUAUAUGGAAGACGUACGCAGACAGCACAUGGAAAGAUGCCUACAUUUCUUGGUGGAGGAGCUCAAAGUUGUAAAUGCUUUAGAAGCACAGAAUCGUAUCUUCUUUGUUUCAGCAAAGGAAGUUCUUAGUGCUAGAAAGCAAAAAGCACAGGGGAUGCCAGAAAGUGGUGGGAUACUUGCUGAAGGAUUUCAGGCAAGAUUACAGGAAUUUCAGAAUUUUGAACAAAUCUUUGAGGAGUGUAUCUCGCAGUCAGCAGUGAAAACAAAGUUUGAACAGCACACUAUCAGAGCUAAACAGAUACUAGCUACUGUGAAAAACAUAAUGGAUUCAGUAAACCUGGCAGCUGAAGAGAAAAGGCAUUAUUCAGUGGAAGAGAGGGAAGACCAAAUUGAUAGACUGGACUUUAUUCGAAACCAGAUGAACCUUUUAACACUGGAUGUUAAGAAAAAAAUCAAGGAGGUUACCGAGGAGGUGGCAAACAAAGUUUCAUGUGCAAUGACAGAUGAAAUUUGUCGACUGUCUGUUUUGGUUGAUGAAUUUUGUUCAGAGUUUCAUCCUAAUCCAGAUGUAUUAAAAAUAUAUAAAAGUGAAUUAAAUAAGCACAUAGAGGAUGGUAUGGGAAGAAAUUUGGCUGAUCGAUGCACCGAUGAAGUAAACGCCUUAGUGCUUCAGACCCAGCAAGAAAUUAUUGAAAAUUUGAAGCCAUUACUUCCAGCUGGUAUACAGGAUAAACUACAUACACUGAUCCCUUGCAAGAAAUUUGAUCUCAGUUAUAAUCUAAAUUACCACAAGUUAUGUUCAGAUUUUCAAGAGGAUAUUGUAUUUCGUUUUUCCCUGGGCUGGUCUUCCCUUGUACAUCGAUUUUUGGGCCCUAGAAAUGCUCAAAGGGUGCUCCUAGGAUUAUCAGAGCCUAUCUUUCAGCUCCCUAGAUCUUUAGCUUCUACUCCCACUGCUCCUACCACUCCAGCAACGCCAGGUAAUGCAUCACAGGAAGAGCUCAUGAUUACAUUAGUGACAGGAUUGGCAUCCCUUACAUCUAGAACUUCUAUGGGCAUCAUUAUUGUUGGAGGAGUGAUUUGGAAAACUAUAGGCUGGAAACUCCUAUCUGUUUCAUUAACUAUGUAUGGAGCUUUGUAUCUUUAUGAAAGACUGAGCUGGACCACCCAUGCCAAGGAGCGAGCCUUUAAACAGCAGUUUGUAAACUAUGCAACUGAAAAACUGAAGAUGAUUGUUAGCUCCACGAGUGCAAACUGCAGUCACCAAGUAAAACAACAAAUAGCUACCACUUUUGCUCGCCUGUGCCAACAAGUUGAUAUUACUCAAAAACAGCUGGAAGAAGAAAUUGCUAGAUUACCCAAAGAAAUAGAUCAGUUGGAGAAAAUACAAAACAAUUCAAAGCUCUUAAGAAAUAAAGCUGUUCAACUUGAAAAUGAGCUGGAGAACUUUACUAAGCAGUUUCUACCUUCAAGCAAUGAAGAAUCCUAACAAUAGAGAUUGCUUUGGUGACCAUGAUAGGAGGAAAUGAAACUUGUAAGAUUGGGACAGUUGUUAUUUUUAUGAAAUUACUUUAAAUAUGAAUUGUACUAACUGUACCUAAAUAGCAAAGCCCUGUGUAGAUUCUGGUAAAGAUCUAUCUCAGGGUAUGUGUAUUUUUGAAGAGUGUUAUGUCCUUAGUUUUAAUUUUGGGUAAAGAAAAGGCUAAAAUCAUGAAUUAGUUACAAGCAACGGUACCAACUUAUGUGACCCCUGAGGGGUGGGGCCGUGAGCUCUUAAUUUGUUUUUGAUUCUGAAAAACUCUGCUUCCUGGCAUCCAGGAGUUAGAGAUUGAGCCUUUCAUCUUCUUUCUCAAAACUAGUUUUUGGUGCUUUCUUUCAUGGGAAUAGUCACUUUAUUUAGUAAAUCGCAUUGCUGGAACUACCUGGAACUACCAAGGAGUGUGGAAUGUCCUUGGGUGUAUUAUUUAUGCAAGUCACAGUCACUCUGCCAUCAUGGCAGCUGUGUGAACCACUAAUAAAUGUGCUGUUUUUACUUUUUAUUCCCAUUAAAACGGAUGUAAAACAGGAUAAAGGCUUGUUAUAGUCACUUAUAAGUAUUUGGGUCUAAGUAAUUUCCUUAGAUGUUUCUAAAGAAACAUUUUCAGCUUUGCUCCCAUUAUGAUUCCAAUAAGGAAAGCUUUCCUAGUGCAAUUUUAGGAGUAAAGUUUGAAGAGAUAAAAAUAGCCAAAGAUAGGAGAGGUCUGAAUUUUGAAUGAUAAACAGUGAUGUUUUUAAAAAGCUGUUCUUCAGGAAGCAUUUGCCUAGGAUAUUGCUGGAUUAUACCCCAUUGGAGGCUUUUAAUUUUAUUUGUAUGAAUUUUCCAGGAUUUCAUUAAAAAUUAUUAUUGUACUUUUUACCUUAAUGAAAGAUUUUGGGUUCAAAUAUCUUUCUAUAUUAAAAGCUGAUUGAGUCUGUACAUAUGUAAAUUAUGCCUAGUGGAGGUUCUGUUGACUUUCUUCCCCACUGUGGAAGAGGCCAGUUUUGCCUCCAUUUGCACAUUCAUUUCAGUUAUUUCUGAUCCAUAAAUGUAACAUUUACAAAAUUCUUCCUUGAGCUGGUGGAAAUGCCUCACCAGUUUCCUCUUUAAUGAAUCAAAUAAAAUCUUUAACUGAUGUUAAAAAAAAUUGAAACUCAGAUGGAAUGGAAAUGUACAAAAAUGACACCAUUCUAGGAAUUUGCUAGACAAAAUGUAGGACUACCAGAUCAGUAUCUCCUAGACACUUGUUAGAAAUGCACAGUCCCGGGGAACACAGUACAUUUGGCCACAUGUAGUUUGUUUCCUUUUCAUGGGAGGGAUAAAAUUUAAGGCUUUUUCUCUUUGAAUACACAGUCCUUCCUUUUCUAUGCCUUUUAAGGCUUCUAGAUGCUAUUCAGCCUUUUUACAGCAGGUGCAACUCUAUUUUUCAAGGUAUCUUAGAAGAUAACACUAGGCCAUUGAAGCCUUUCAAAAAUAUAUUUUUAUGCAAAUUGACACUAGAGUGCAGUAUACUAAUGCAAAUUAAUUUUGGUGUUUAGCUUUUAUUGCUGAUUCAUAACCCAAGAAAUGGUACAGGCCACAGUAAGUGGGAUUAGGUAACAACUACAACAUGGAAAAACAGUGUCUAAGAUCAUGUACUCCUAAUUUAGGUUACAAAACUCAAGGCCAUAACCUUUAUAUGAAAGUACUUAAGCUUGAAAGUUCAUAAUGGUUUGGUAUCACCUCAUUAGUAUAGUACAGUGGUUCUCAAAGUUUGGUCCUGGGUCAUCGACAUUACUUCUUUUCCUGAGACAGGGUCUCAGUCUGUCACCCAGGAUGGAGUGCAGUGGCGUGAUCAUGGCUCACUACAGCCUCAACCUCUCGGGUUCAGGUGAUCCUCCCACAUCGACCUCCUGGGUGGCUGAGACUACAGGCACACGCCACCAUGCCUGGCUAGUUUUUGUAAAGACGAGGUUUCCCCGUGUUGUGCAGGCUGGUCUUGAACUCACAGGCUCAAGUGAUCCUUUUACCUCAGCCUCCCAAAGUGUUGGGAUUACAGGUGUGAGCCACCACGCACAGCUAUAAUCACCUUCAAACUUAUAAGAAGCGUGGAUUCUUGGGUCUGAACCCAAACCUAUGGAGUCAGACAGUAGGUUUGAAGCCCAGCAAUCUAUGGUUUAACAAGCCAUCCAGGUGUUUCUGAUGCACAGUAAAGUUGGGGUACCACUGGUAUAGGUUUGGUAUGGCAACUUUUUCAUCACUUGUUUUAUGUAGUUCUGUCUGAUCAAUUGUGAAAACAUAAUGAAUGUUGGAAAUGGAACAGUAAAAUAAUGAAAGCCAACUCUUACGCCUAGAAAUAUGUGCACCUAUGACCAAGCCCAUGAAUUAUACAGGAAUUAUGUAAUUAUGAGUGAUGUACUUCGAAGUUAUUGCACAUACACUUGUUUACUUUGUAUGUUUGCAGGAUUAAACUUUGUAUAAUCUUUUUACAAAAACUUUUUUUCAGUAUGCAAGUUUGCAAGAUGAAAAUAAAACCUGUUUGCCUGCCUGA